UUUUCAAAAAUAUGUUAAAUUCUAGCUAGAUACAAAGAAUGUUCCAAUUCCACCAUUCGAGUGUUCCAUAACGAUAGGCCCAUAAAUAGGUCUUUUUGAGGUGGGGCAUUGUACUCACUUGAAAUGUGGACAACCGCCAAGAGUUUCUUGAAAGAAACUUCGAUUCAUGGUUUCAGCCACAUUGCUGAUGACCAAAAUGGCGUGGAGCGAUUGGUGUGGUCGGUCAUCAUGGUCACAGCUAUCACCACAGCCUCCUUUAUGAUUGUUCAAACCAUGAAUGAGGCCUAUGAAAACCCUUUGACCACGUCGGUCCAAUCCAUCCCAAUUACGGAUAUCCCGUUUCCCGCCGUAACAAUCGAGGUAGAUGAAGAGCUCAACCCUUGGGGAUACACCGAAAAAGCCUUGGAACUGGUGGACUACCGUGGAUUUGAGGGCGAUGUUUCCAAAUUCAGGGAGGACUUCCACUUUUUCUUCAAGAAAAUUGCGGAUGUCAUGAACAAGUAUCUCAUGGACGAGUUCUUCCGGGGGAAUAUCAGUCAAAUCCGAGAGGAACUCGUCACUUGGCUCCUCUACCCGUCACUUUUGAAGGAUUACCCGAUGAAGUUGGCCACGUUGAAACAGAAUCUGAACAGCACUACAUUCGCUAAGCUAGACGAGAGGAUUUCAGAGGUCGCAACUGGUGAAAUUGCAUCCUCUUGCGACGGGAAAUGGUUUUAUACCGAUGUGGUUGUCGAACGAUUGCAGUUCCUGGACGAGGCCUUGGCUGAACAUAACCUUACUCUCACUUGCACCUAUGACAACCUCAAUUGCGAAGAACAUCUCAAGUAUGGAUACCUGCGCACUUUCCUUCCCGUUCUGAUCUCCCUGAAAUGGUGCGACUUUCGGAAGAUGAAGGGUCAAUCCGGAUUUGGACACUUUCUUUCCUUCUUUAUCCAGGAGGUGUACUCGUUUUACCCUGGGACUCCGGCUUUCAAGCUGAAUCAACCUAUGCUAGCUAGGACACGAAUGAAGCUUGGAAAACUGGAAUUGAACUCACAAGAGCUAACUCACCUUCUGACGCCUGGUCCCGGAUACACGGCCGCCUUAUACUUGGAGGACUUGCUUACAGGUCCCUUUCAAUGCGACAUAGACAACUACAAGGCUGCAUGGGAAUGGUUCAGAAAGGGCGUGGAACCUGAAUACGAAAGUCAAAUGGGUUUCCAGCCGUUUGUGAACCAGCGCCCUUGUCUCAACGAUUCCGCAUCAACCAACAUUGGGAUUGCUGGGUGCUGCGCUUUGUGGAAACAAAUUCAAAUCAACAAGGAAAAUGUCUUGAGGAUAAUGAAGUAUGCCAUUCAACCCCCGACCUUCCUCCAACCUGUGGACGAGUUCUUUGCCGAUUUUAAUACAACCCUCUUUCCAAACUAUCGGAAGCUAAAAGCCAAUGACGACCAACUCAAAAACUACCGAGCACGAGUGUUAUGGUGUCAAAAGCUUCAGGGUCAGAUGUUGAAGCCAACUGCUGAGGAUUGUCAACAUUUUGCUAGAGGUUUCACCAAUAAAGGGAUGGCGUACACCUUCAACAAUGAAAGGUUCUGGGACAUGUACAACAACUCAGAUGCUAAUGCGAUAUUGCACAAUAUCAUGCAUCCAGAAUUGAAUGCAAGCCAAGUGGUUUAUCCUUUAACCAAUGGUCCUUUGUAUGGUCUGAGAUACUUGAUUCAGCCCUACAAAGUGGACCAUAUCAUCUUGAAUAAACGAGUCCUUCCUCGAAAGGAGGAUCUUAUCCCAGGCAAUUUUCGAAUCUCAAUUCAUGACCCUCAAAAUGUGCCGGAUCUUCGAAACGACUACAUUGAGCUCAAAGGAGGUUUCACUUACACCGUGCUGGUCAGCCCGUCCCAGUUGAUCACCAAUGAGGACGCCAAAUCCAUUGAGAUACAUAGACGGAAUUGCAGGUUCCACUUUGAGAACGCCAAUAUGAAGAUCCUUCGAAACUAUUCUCAAACAGGUUGCUUUAUGGAAUGUCAGCUUGGCCUAGCCUUGGAGAAAUGUGGCUGCAUACCUUGGAAUUAUCCACGAUUCGGUGCCGAAGAGUCGAUUUGCGAUCAUGCUGGAACGGAAUGCUUCAGUGAGGUGAUGGAAAACAUCACUCUUCGCUCCAAGCAAUGCACUUGUCCUGUGGAUUGCCAUCGAACGAAGUACUCAUACUCAGUAUUUGGUAUGCCCACCAAUGUGGUUGAGAGUUGCAAGACCAAUACCGACUUUUAUGGUCAAUAUAACAUCAUGGACUACUUUCCCCUGAACGACUUCGUCAGACUUUAUCAGGAUAUUGCUGAUCCAGAGAUCUCCUUUUUCCCAGUCAACGACGAAGACUGCCGGAACCAUUUGAAGCAUUCCGCCAUUGUCCAAGUCCAAUUAGCCACUUCGGACGUCCUUCAAAUUAACAGCAAUAUACGGGUCUCUCUUGCAGACUACCUGUCCAGUUUGGGUGGCACAGUGGGACUUUUCUCCGGGGCAUCCCUGUUGAGUCUUAUAGAAAUUCUUCUUUGGUUCCUUCGCUCUAUUCCUGGAGUAUUCAUGUCUUGUCGCUAUACCAAGCAAGACAGGAAUAAUCGGAAUGUAAAUCUCUCUUAGAUAAAAGCAUUUUUUUGCACUUAAGAUGUAAAUCUCCCGAAAGAAGACAUCUGAUGUGACAAGGACUUUUUUUAAUGGAAAUGACGAUCAUGUUCUUUAUAUAUUUUUUUGCACUGUUCUUGAACACAUUGAGUUGUUUUGUCAGGACAUUCAGAAAUUUUAACAUAUCACACUUUAGAUAAAGCUUGGAAUUGAAAGCG